AUGGAUCGGCCCCAGGGGCAGCCGGGGGAUACAGGGGCACCCCAGGGAGUGCGGCAAGCUGGAGGUCAGCCGGGGAAGAGCGGGGCAGCCCAGGGCAUAGAGCAGCCAGGGGGGCAGCAGGGGGUGACAGGAGCACCCCAGGGAGUGCAGCGAUCUGGGAGGCGGCCAGACGAUGCUGGAACACCGCAGGGUGCGCAGCAAGCUGGGGGGCAGCCGGGGCCGGAUAUGACUGGAGCAACCCAGGGCGCGCCGCAAGCUGGGGGGCAGUUGGGGGUGUCGGGGGCACCCCAGAGUGUGCGGCAGGACGGGGGGCAGCCGGGGGAGACUCAAGCACCCCAGGGCACGCCACAGACAGGGGGGCAGCUGGGGUCGACAAAAACACCCCAGGGUGUGCGGCAGGACGGGGGGCGGCCGGGGGAGACCGGAGCACCCCACGGCAUAGAGCAGCCAGGGGGGCAGCAGGGGGCGACAGGGGCACCCCAGGGAGCGCGGCGAGCUGGGAGGCAGCCGGACGUGGCUGGACCACCACGGGGUGUGGAGCAAGCUGGGGGGCAGCCGGGGGCGAGUGGACCAGGCCAGGGAGUGCGGCAGAAUGGGGGGCAUCCGGGGGAGGCCGGAGCACCCAGGGGGAUGCAGCGGCUGGGGGGGCAGCAGGGGGCGACCAAAGCACCCCAGGGAGUGCGGCAGGAUGGGGGGCCGUUAGACAGGACUAGGGCACCUUAUGGAGCGCAGCAAGCGGGGGGGCAGCCGGACGUGAUGGGGUACUCCAGGGGAUGCAGCAGGCUGGGGGUGAGGCAGGGGUGA